UGAUUCAGGAAUGUUGUGUGGAGGGCUUCUUUCCGUGGCUCUGUUCUCGGGGUGUUUGUCGCUCACACUGAGCGAGGAUGAGUUCUUGUCCAGGGCCUUGAAGCUGAUGUCGAGGACGCCGCUUAUUGAUGGUCACAAUGACCUGCCAUGGCAAUUGCUACUGCAAUUCAACAACCAGCUCCAGAAAGUGGACCUUCAUACGCUCUCAACAACGCACACCAACAUACCAAAGAUAAAGGAGGGACGUCUGGGAGCACAGUUCUGGUCGGCCUACGUACCCUGUGACACCCAGUACAAAGAUGCUGUCAGACGAACACUGGAGCAGAUCGAUGUGGUCCACAGAAUGUGUCAGAAAUACCCAGACACCUUCAUGUUUGCCCACAGUAGUCAGGACAUCAGGACGGCCUUCUCUCUCAACAAGACCGCCUCACUGAUCGGGGUGGAGGGGGGUCACUCCCUCGACAGCAGUCUGGGGACCCUGAGAGUCAUGUACCAGCUCGGGGUUCGCUACCUCACGCUCACACACUCCUGCAACACACCAUGGGCUGAUAACUGGCGUGUGGAUGCUGGAUCAGAGCCGUCGCAGCACAAUGGACUCUCAGCUUUUGGCAAGCAAGUGAUAGCGGAGAUGAACCGUCUGGGGAUGCUGAUCGACCUCUCCCAUGUGCCGGUCCAAGUGAUGAACCAGGUUCUGGACAUGUCGGCAGCUCCGGUCAUCUUCAGCCACUCCUCUGCCUACAGCCUGUGCCAGCACAAGAGGAACGUUCCUGAUGACGUGCUCAGGAGAGUGAAAGAAAAGAGGGGCAUAGUGAUGAUCAACUUUGGCAACAACUUUGUGACCUGCAGCAAAAGCGCCAAACUCUCAGAUGUGGCCGAUCACUUUGACUACAUUAAGAAAGUGGGCGGCGCUGACAUCAUCGGCUUUGGAGGAGACUACGAUGGAGUGCCCAGAGUACCUGAGGGUCUGGAGGACGUCUCCAAAGUUCCAAAACUGGUGGCUGAGCUGCUCAGAAGAAACUGGACUGAUGUGGAGGUGGAAGCUGCUCUGGGGAACAACCUACUCCGAGUCAUGAAGAAGGUGGAGGAUGUCCGUGAUGCUCUCCAAACCAUGAGUCCAGGUGAAGAUCCCAUUCCCUAUGAGGAAGUGAUGAACCCCUGCAGGACCAGCCACGGCUACCAAAGUGCUGCUGCGGCUCCCGUGAUCAGCAGGCUGGGCCUCCUGCUCACGCUCGCUGCCUGUGUUCUGCUGUUGUGAAGAGCUUCACCGUUCUGUAAUC